UCUUACUCUCUCUCUCUCUAUCUCUAGAGCAAGGAAUUAGCUUGCCGUGAUAUGCAAAAGAGUAUGAUGAUGAUGGAAGGAAGGAAGAAGAGAGGGAUUAGAAAGGAGAACGGCAAUAAAAUAUGGAAGGAGGAAGAUUUGAGUGGGAUGGAGUUGGCUUCCCUUCCAAAUCACCCCUCCUUCAAUCUUGCUUGCAUCACCAAGCUUGAUCUCUCAUGCAAUAAUCUUGAGAGCUUGCCGGAGUCGGCGGCGGCGAGGCUGGUGAACUUGGUGGAGCUAGACAUACACUCAAACCAGCUUAAGAGACUUCCUAAUUCAAUCGGCUGCCUCUCUAAGCUUAAACGCUUGGACGCUUCUGGCAACUCUCUGGACUCUUUGCCAAACACCAUCCAAAACUGCAGGUCAUUGGAAGAAUUGCUAAUCAACUUCAACCAAUUAACACAGCUCCCGGACAGCUUAGGACUUGGUUUAAGCAACCUUCGUCUUCUCUCCGUUCACUCAAACAAGCUAACUUUUCUUCCUUCCACAGCCCACAAACUCUCCUCUCUGCGCACCCUGGACGCCCAUCUGAACUCCCUUCUAACCCUCCCCAAAGACCUCCACCUCCUCCCUUACCUCCACUCCAUUGAUGUCAGCCAAAACUUCCAAAACCUAAACUCCUUACCAGACUCCAUUGGCCUUCUCCCUUCCCUUACACACCUCAACAUCAGCUAUAAUUGCAUAACUACCCUCCCCGACUCGCUCGCUUGUGCCGCCGGUCUCCGUAGUCUGAAAGCAGAAGGAAACCCGCUCGUUUCUCCGGCGAUGGAGGUUGUGGAAAGUGGGGUGGAUGGGGUGAGGGAGUAUCUUAUUGGGAGAAUGAAUGGUGUGGGGAUGAAGGGUAAAGGGAAGAGGGGUUGGAUAUGGAGGAUGGCGAGGUGUGGAAUGGUGGUUGAUGUGGGGAGGAUGAGGGAGAUGAAGAAGGAUGAUGAUAUGUUUGAGAUGGUUUCUGAGUAUCACUCUGUUGAUGGGGUUUGGUCGCCAAGGAGAAAGUAUAUGGAGGUUUUGUCAUCGCCGCUGAGGAUUUUUUCAAGACAUCGGUCGGCGCCGGCAUCGCCUUCCCCGACGUGGAAGUAGUCCACCAACUCUUAAUGGAAAAUGUUGUCUUUAUAUAUUUGGUUAAAAUUGACUUAAAACUGAGUUUUAAAACUUCUAAUUUUAAUUUGACAGAGUAACAUAAAAGCAAAUAUAUACAUGUGGGACUUUUGUUAAAUAGGGGCUGCUAAAGACGAUUUUAAUAUGGAGGGAUUC